UGUGCUUCUUAACACCCUCAGUCUACCCAGUGCAACAAGCUCGUCCUCUACGCGACUGACACGGUCUGUGCGCACAGAAAAUGUCCGGAAAGUUACUCUAGAGGACGGCACGACUGUCCGGACCUUAGCGCUGGAUUCAGUGGAAGUUUUCUGACCGACAGAAGCCGAGUCUCCAGCGCUGUAUCCGCAGCGUUAGGCCUCAUGGAGCAGGGAACUAGACGCCUGCUGUGCACCAGGGAGCUUGAUCCAUGCCCGGUUCCCAGCAAACAACCAUAAAAGGGUGGGAACCUUAAUUACCCCUCAGUUCCUUUUUCCCAUCCCUCCCCCUAAAUUGCCCCUGUGGUAGUAUUGUCCUGGACUGUCUGCGCCCCGCAACAUGUUUGGCAAGUUGAAACAGAACCUGCUGGUGGCCUGUCUGGUCAUCAGCUCGGUCACAGUCUUCUACCUGGGCCGCCACGCCAUGGAGUGCCACCACCGCAUCGAGGAGCGCAGCCAUCUGGGCGGUAUCCUGCCUUUGUCGGCACUGGGUGGCAGCAUGCGGACCACCUUACGGACAGGCCAGAACCUCAGCACACCUUUCGUUUACAACAAAGACAUGCCACUCAUCUUUAUCGGCGGCGUGCCCCGCAGCGGGACCACGCUAAUGCGAGCGAUGCUGGACGCCCACCCAGAGGUACGCUGUGGUGAGGAAACCCGCGUCAUCCCACGCAUCCUGGCCAUGAAGCAGAUGUGGAGUCGCUCGGGUCGGGAGAAGAUGCGCCUGGACGAGGCGGGCGUGACAGAUGAGGUGCUGGACGCCGCCAUGCAGGCCUUCCUGCUGGAAAUCAUUGUCAAACACGGUGAGCCUGCCAACUUCCUGUGCAACAAGGACCCUUUCGCACUGAAGUCGCUCGCUUACCUGGCCAAAAUCUUUCCCCAUGCCAAGUUUGUACUCAUGAUUCGUGAUGGGCGGGCAUCAGUCCACUCCAUGAUCUCACGGAAGGUGACCAUUGCCGGCUUCGAUCUGGGCAGCUACCGGGACUGCCUGACCAAGUGGAAUCGGGCCAUAGAGACCAUGUACACUCAGUGCCUGGAGGCAGCUGAUAAAUGCCUACCGGUGCACUACGAACAGUUGGUCCUCCAUCCUGAGAAAUGGAUGAGGACGCUGCUGAAAUUCCUUGACAUUCCUUGGAAUGAUGCUGUCCUCCACCACGAGGAGCUUAUUGGGAAAGCUGGAGGAGUGUCCCUCUCCAAGGUGGAGAGGUCCACAGACCAGGUCAUCAAGCCCGUGAAUGUGGAGGCCUUGUCCAAGUGGGUGGGGAAGAUCCCAGCAGAUGUGGUGAGGGACAUGGCCGUCAUUGCCCCAAUGCUCUCCAGGCUGGGCUACGAUCCCCACGCUAACCCUCCCAACUAUGGCCGACCUGACCCCAAAGUCCUGGACAACACCAGAAGGGUCUUUAAAGGUGAAUUUCAGCUACCAGAUUUCCUAAAAGAACAAUCACAGAUCCAGAAGUCUGCAGAGAGACCCAACCCCAGUUAGGAGCAGAGGGAGGUGCCACCGACCUCAACACAGCACAGGACUCGGCGCAGUAGGACAGAAAAUCAUGGACAUCGUCUCAGCCAUCUCACCAUCUGUGUCGGGCCUCAGCACAUUUCAAAGGUCACAUGACCACGGUCGGACUGUCUCCUCUACCAGUAAUCGUCUACAGAGAACUCUUGACCUUCGAUAUUGUACUGUACAAAAAAAAACAAAAACAAAAAACAACAAAACAAAACCCAUAUUGGUUCUCGGCCACAGAAUGUCUGCUGAUUGUUAUUUU